ACUCGUCAAAUCUUCCAAUAACCAUCUUGAUCAUCUUAGCCUUAACCUUGAGGCUUGACUACCAUAUCAAUGUCUCUAAUGUUUUAUGAAGUUUCCAAUAUCCAUCACAAUCAGAAGAAUGCCACAAAUCAACACAUUUAAUAGGAUUCACAGUGUCAUCAUAAAUCAUUACGAUAACACACUUCUACGAGUAUUUAUAAGAUAAAUAGUAUUUUAUGGUUUUGAUGAUAUUUAAACAUUAUAAACUUAUAAUUUUAUCUUAUAAUUUUUUGAAAUUUCAUAAAAUUGAGUUUUGAAAGUUUUAGACCUUCAUGUACUUUAAUAAAAAAUAUACCAUACUAUUCUAUUUUAUAAAUAUCUAUAUGUUGUGGACGUUGUGAGUUGUACGGUAACUUGCAGCACGGAAUAGAUUGUCCAAUUUUGUGUCAACUAUCGCAUUUCCCACCCAUAUUUUUACAUGGCUAUUUUGUUUUUAAAAAGUUCAUUAUAGUCAUUCAGCCAAUUCACCCUUGUGGUAUUGAUGCAGAUCUAGUACGCUAAUUUUUAACAUAUUUUACAAGGUGUUAAAUUUAUAAAUUAAUUUGAUUAAGAGGGACAUAGCUAAAUGACGCUUCAAUACAUAGAGCUCGUGAAGCACAUAUCCAUUUUAUUAGGAAACUUGACCAAUAAUAGAAAAUGACAAAAAAAAGUAAAUGAUUGGUGCUUGGAAAGUGUAAUUUAUAUUAUACAGUUCUGAAUUGUACGUUUAAUAAGAAGUUAACGCUUUUAAAACACGAGGCUUGGAAUUACUUAUAUACUGUACUAUUAGCAGAUUCUUUGGGAUAUUUCCUCUUUAUUUAACCUUGUUGUUAUCCUUAUCUUCUAAAGAUUAAUUGCGCUCAUAUUCCAAGACUCACAAACAUGUGUGAAAACUAUCGAUGGUUAACAAAACUUCUGACCAGGGUGCUCACUGCUCAGUUUCGAACCAAACCAGAUAUGAUUGAAUCAAAUAAAUUGAUAGAAAUUACUGAAGUAAGGGGAGUUAUAGUUUUCUUUUUUCUUUCAAUAACGUUGGAAUACAAAACUUAUAAAAUCGGAGCUAUAGUGAACAUACAUAUAUAAUCUUAUUAUAACCAAUGGUUCAAGACCAGGCCAAACUCUAUCUCCCCAUAAGAAAUCACUAAACAAACAAAUUAAAGAAGAGUGGAGUAAAGAAAAAGCAUCUACUCAAAUCUCAAGGUACUUGUUUAAUUUAAAAGUUAAUAAUUCAAACCCUAAGCAUAGGUAUACAAAGAUGUAUGUGCAUAUAUACACACAUUCGUGUAUAAAUACUGAUCACAUGAACUCACAUUUUCUUCAUCCAAUAACAUCAAAUCUAAUUAACUACAUAAACGCAAAAAAGGAUGAAUCCUAUGUUUUAUUUCCUUCUUGCCUUAACCGCUGUUUUGGUCGUGACCGCAAGCCCCGGCGAACCAGUUCUUGACAUUAAUGGUGAUAUCAUAUUCGACGGCAGUUACUACGUUCUCCCACGCAUCUUCGGCCCUGCAGGUGGCCUGACUCUCUCCCCCCGUGGUGGCAACAAUUGUCCCCUCUAUAUCGGACAGGAGUAUUCAGAGGUCAAGAGGGGCAUUCCCGUAAGAUUCUCAGACUGGAGGACUAAAGUUGCGUUCGUUCCUGAAUCAACGAACCUCAACAUCGAGAUGGACGUCAAAGCCACGAUUUGUGUUCAGUCAACCUAUUGGUAUGUACCUGCGCCCGACAUGGUCUUUGGAGCGGCGUUCAUAGCGGCUGGUCCUAAACCAUCGAAUGAUUUCUUCCAGAUCAAGAAAAUUGAAGAUUCUAUUGGAGGUUACAAGAUUGUGUUUUGUUUUAACGGUGAAGAUUGCGUCGAUGUCGGAAUAUUUGUGGACAAACAUGGCGUUAGGCGUUUGGCUCUAGCCUCUACGCCAUUCGAGGUUGUGUUCGUGAGAGCUAGUGAGACAAAGACUUCGUCCAAGCCUAUUAUGUCUAUCAUCUAAGAGGAUAAGAGUUAUAAGCUACGACUAAUAAUAAAACUCAAUCUAUGUUUCAUGUUUUCUUUGUUCAUCAAUCGUCAUAAAUGGAAUAAAACAUCUUCCUUUGUUUCUUUUUCUUUUUAAUUCUCUCUCUAGUUCAAGCAGGGCCGGAUGUGGGGACAUUAUAACCAAAACCAGCAUAGCUUUUUUUUUAAAAAAUAAUAACCAGCAUUGAAUCAGAAGAUCUAGGAUUAGUUCUGUCGAUAUAUUUUUCCUUUAAGUUACAUAGCUCUAGAAAAAAGUUGAUGCAGCUUCUUUUGGUUCUAGAAAGUCGGUUGUGUUUGGUAAAUGGAAUGGAAAUUGACCAGAAACAGAUUCAGUGUGAUAUAUUCACUUUUUUUGUACGUACAACAUAUUCGCUUUUCUGGUAAAAGUUUUAACAAAUAAAUAAAAUAGCUAGCAAUUUGAUCAAUGGCGCUAAGUCAAAAUUCAAUUCAGUGUACAUAUUUGCAUCGACGGCCGUGAAAACUCUUAAAGCACGAGGCCAGUAAAUAAAGAGAGCUUACAAAUUAAUGAUCUUCUCAAGAUGUACAAUACUCUACUUCAAAAAAAAAA